UAAGACAAAACAACGUCAAUCAGUCAGCAGUUAAAGUGGACGUGUUUAUUUCUACAUUUGGAUUUACGAAAAAAUAACAUAUUUAAUAAGUUUGUAAAGAGACAAGGUCGAUUUUCCGCGGAGGUCCCGGUACAGUGAAUCGAGCACGACCCUUGCGUCGUCUGCUCCGACUUCCUGUAAAAUGGACCGCGGCCGCAAACCUCCGCAAGUAGCGCCUGUUGGGACGAAGAAAAAAAUGCCAGUUGCAACAGCGGCAAAGGAUCAUGAGCCGCUUACGUCGUCUGGACUUUAUGGCGAGAUGGUGGACCCGUCCAAAGACGGGAAUGCCUCAAAGGCGCUCCGUAGCGACGGCUUGACGUUUGACCCCAGUCUGCUUGUCGGCCCCUUGUAUGUACCGAAGACAUCAACCAACGAAAGAAUCAAAGCACAACUAGGAGACAUCACUCAGAAACUACACGACACGCUGUACACUUUCGAGGAGACCGAGUUGGAAGUUACGGUUGAAGAUCCCUUGGUGACCAUGAUGAAAAAGCAGAUGGACUCGAUAGCGGACUCGAACGUACGACAUGCACUCGCGACUGUAAUGGAUCAGUACAAUCACAUGAGUGAGCAGGUGAACGCAGCGUACAGGGACAGAGACGAGGUAAGCCCAGUAUCCGAGUAUCGUUUACAUAUAUGUGAGCCGCGCCCUCGCAAUACGGGUCUUAAGUAUAUGCUGUUACAGCUCGCUGAUUGGUUUACACUGGACCACUUGGAUUUGGCGGAGAUCAAACUUUCUGUGGACGAGACUGAGGAGGCAAAUAUCAAACAAAGCUAUUUCGACACGGUGACGAACUUCGAGAAGUUGAAGAAUCUUCAGCAGCAGAUUAACAAGAACAGCAAGAGCGGCAAACCAACAAAGAAACUUCAGGCGAAAAAGGUGGAAAUAGAAAACAGUGUGGUCGACAAGUUUCGGGUGAUGAAAGACAUGAGCAUACAGACGAUGAAGCUGAAGGUAGCAGACGACGCCCCAUGGAAAGACGCGGCCAAAGAAAUCGUCGGCAUGUUGAAGAAUGUCCGGAGCGAAAGCGCAGACGCAGAAAAUUGUCAAUCCUGGGGACUUAUAUCAUUUGUGAAUAACUACACAUGCUUACAAUGCUAACAUACUCGGUGGUGAAUAACAACACACAGUUACAUAAUAAUAAUUAUUCGAUGGUGAAUAACACCACAUAGCCACAUACUCGGUGGUGAAUAACAACUCAUAGUUACAUAUUCGGUGGUGAAUGACAACA